GGCCUCAAAGGGCACCUACCUUGAUGAACCCUGGCAAUGACGUGCAAUGGAGCGAUCCAGCCUUCCCGUACGACCAAUGGCUUCCGGCACCUGGUCUUCCUGGGAGAAGCGCCUCCUUUUCCGGGGUCAUUGGUUACAGGGAGACGUCGCCGCCUCACCCCAGUGAAUGGUCGAUGGGGAGAGGACGAUGCGUCUCCCCUCAGCAUUGGCGCCCCCAGCCAAACCAGUCAGCUACAGCACUGGUCUCUCCCAGAAUCCUCGCCCGUCCAUCUCGUCCCAUCAGCACCUUACAGGAGGUCACCUCAGAGGCUGAGGAGGAGGAGAGGGAAAGGCCAGUGGAAUCUGCCCGGGCAGCCACGCCCCACCUAAUGUCCCCUCAGCCAGCACCCAGGCAGCGGUCCUUCUCGUGCACUCAGCAUGCCCUGCAGCGCCGCUCCACCCUAAACCAGGUAGAGAGCUCCGUGGCAUCAGCGCCAGCGAAGGCAGCCAGCGAGCAGGUAGACAGAAUAACGUCGGUCCCUGCCGGAAGAGCCUCGAGCCAUUCGGAGACCAAGCCUGCCGACCUCCCAGCAAAGGCGCAGUCGGACUCCGAGACAAGAAGCGGUCGGAACUGUGUCCAGAAAGCAGAGAUCGAGGGGGCAAACUAUAACGCAGCAAAUUCCGAGCCCUCUACCCAAACUGUCCUGUGAGAGAGAAAGACUCAGUGGAAUUUAUACACCGGAUACAGCAAACGGGUUUUAAAUUAGAACACUUAUCCAUACAGUUGACGCAUUUUCACACCAACAGAAAUUAAACAUCUGUACUCUAAUUAAGCUAUGCAUUGAUAUAUUAAAAAUGUAUUUGAUA